AUGGAGAACUACUACGUCUGUUCCAGAGAUGAGAAAGUUGAACAAUUAUUUUUUCCAGAGCAAAGAGGUUUGUCAGUUCAGUUGCGGCCGCUAUGUCCGAGUGAAGAGGAAAUGAGACAGCCAUAUUGGAGUUGGCCACAGGAUCGCCCUGCUGUUGUCUCGGCAGAGUCAAUUCCUUCUUCAUGUGGUGAUCUUGAUGAGUUGAACAAGGUGGUAAGCUUGUUGAGGUCCGAGUUGUUUCAAGUAAAGCGGGAAAAAGACGUCCUUCACUUAAAGGUCAUAAGGAUGGAAAAACUGUUGGACCAAUGUUUAGGUCCUCAGUUUGAGCAGGAAGUAAGGAGGGACCUAGCUUUACUGAAACAGAGGACGAAUCGUUGUGUCGUCUCACAUCUAUUUAAGGGAUAUGGGGAAAUGGAUGACAUUCAAUGGGAUGAAGGGCCAAGUAACAGAAAUGAGGGAGAGGAAAAGGAAGAUGAAGGGAUUGAAGGGGGUGAAGGGCCAAAUAAUAGAAAUGAGGGAGCACAUAAGGAAGAGGAGGCGAUUGACGGAGAGGAAAAGGAAGAGGAGGGGAUUGAAGGGGGUGAAGUGCAAGGAAAACCAAGUGAGGUAGAGGAAGGGCAAAGGAAAAGAAGUGAAGGAGAGCAAGUGCAAGUAAAAAGUAGCAAAGGAGAGGAAGCCCAAAGACAGAGCAGUGAGGGAGAGGAAGUGAAAAGAAAAAGCAGUAAGGGAGAGAAACUGCAAAGGAAAAAAAGGGAGGGCAAGGAAGUGAAAACACAAACAACUGAGGAAAAGGAAGUGCAAAGAAACCAAUGUGAGAAAGAAGAUAAUGAAGUUAUGUUGCUUGGGGGUGACAUUGGCGAGAGCACGGAGGGGACACUGCUCGAGUUUACUAUCGGGGACAUUGAUUUGGAUGAACCUACAGCUGUGCUAUCUCAGUUGAACGUGUGGUUGAAUGAUAAAGGUAAAGCUCUGGCACAAGGGGUCCAAUUACGGAAAAGGAAGAGGAUCAUUCCUUUGUGGAAGAUCGUUGAAGGCAGUGAAUUGGUUCCAAAAACUGGGGCACAGACAACCGGACUGAAGAUGUUAGACCCAAUGAAGGCGAUUCCGCAUGAUGAUCUGGUGAAAUUGCUGAAACUUUGUUGGGAAUGGCGCCAGGACCCAAAUUUGGUGAUGCAAUUUGGCAACGUGGAAGCUGAGAUUGAAUUCUUCGCUUCCCUCGUGAAAGCUGAUGGUUGGCUGAAAGGAGAUCACAUUGAUUUGGGGUUGUAUCUCAUCCGGAAGCGACAACAACAAUUGGAGAUAGAUUCGGUAGAAGUAGCGGACUGGACAACGACAGAUGUUUUUUUUAUGCUUGGGUGGAAAAUCAGAAAAAGUUUACUAAACGUUGUAAAUGGGAAGGUUCCUCCGUGUGGGUUGGAUUGGCAGACCGUCUAUAAGGUGUAUACCCCAUUUAUGUUGACGAAGUACAAGCAUUGGGUGGCUGUAAUGAUUGAUCUGGUAUUGUGUGAAAUCAAAGUGUACGAUUCAAAGGUUUCACUAAUUCCAGAUGACAUCGUAAAGGAAGAACUCGGCCCGCUAUCAAUUACGCUUCCAAAUCUUCUCAACACCAUCGACUUUUAUGAAGAAGGUGUUUAUGCAAACAAUUGCAGCCGAGAUUGGUGGUGUCCGUGGCCAAUAGAGCGUGUGGAUGUUCCACAACAGUCUAAUGAAGGCGAUUGUGGCAUGUUUGUGUUAAAGUACAUUGAGCUUUUCAGCGCUGAGCUUCCGUUAGCUACUUGCACCUCGCACAACAUGCCUUUUUUUCGGUUGAAAUUGGCUGCGGAGAUAACAAGGGGAGAUGCUUACUUCCCAUGAUAUUGGUUGAAGAUGACAAAUGGUACAUGAGAAGGUUUUGGGAAUGUCCAUUCUCAAACUAAUGUAAAUACACAAUAGAGACGUACGGGUCCUUAUCGAAUUCUACCGCUAACUCCUUCAUGACAUUUACAUGUUUGUUAACCAAACUGCAUUGAAUUGGAAUUUUAAGACUGCAUAUGUGAAUU